GAACGAAAGAACAUGUAUGAUUUUUGAUUGUCAAAAAUUGAAUGUGUCAAAGAUAAAUAAUUUUUUAAUUAAUUCAUUGUCCAGCAGUAUCAGUAAUCAGUAAACAGAUUGUAGCGUCUUGAUAAAGAUUUAUCUAGUUUAAUAGAAAUAAUGGCGGAUCCUGUGGAACCUCCUCCCUUAUUCGAAAACGUUGAUAUUAACAGCAAAGAUAAGGAAGAUGAUGAUCUUUUUGUAUCUGCUCACCAGGAUCCUAUUUUACAAGAGUCGGUUCCGCCCAAGCUUAGUGUUACGGAUAUCAAGCAAGAAUUAGAAAAUAUUCCUAUUAAUAACCACUCCAAUAGUUUGUCAUCUAGUAUGGAAAAGGUGAAUCCACAAGAAUAUCUAGAAAAUGAAGAUGAAUUUUUAGAUAUUAGCAUUACAGAGCCCCAAAAAAUUGGGGAAGGUAUGGGAGCCUACAUGGCUUAUAGGGUCACAACAAAAACCAAUAUGCCAAUGUUUAAAAAGAAAGAAUUUUCUGUUUCUAGAAGGUUCAGCGAUUUUCUAGGUCUACAUGAUAAACUCACUGAGAAAUACUUGAAAGUAGGUAGGAUUAUACCUCCAGCACCUGAAAAGAGUGUUAUUGGCAUGACUAAAAUUAAAAUGUCUAAUCAAGAUGGUACCCCUACUAAUGGGGGCAACGAUUUCGUAGAAAGAAGACGAGCUAGCUUAGAAAGGUAUCUAAAAAGAACUGCCCAACACCCUGUGUUGGUUUUAGAUCCAGAUUUUAGAGAAUUUUUAGAAUCAGAUAUCGAAUUACCUAAGGCUACUAGCACUUCGGCGCUUAGCAGUGCUGGCGUCAUGAGGCUUUUCAACAAAGUCGGAGAAACAGUCAACAAAAUUACUUAUAAAAUGGAUGAAACAGAUCCUUGGUUCGAAGAAAAACUAAGUCAUGUUGAAGCUUUAGAAACGCAAUUGAGGAAGCUUCACGCGAGCGUAGAGGCCAUGGUGUCUUACAGAAAAGAAUUAGCCCAUUUGACCAACGGUGUAUCCAGAUCUGCUGCCAUGUUGAGCGCUUGCGAAGACCAUAAUUCUUUGUCUAGAGCGCUGUCUCAGCUGGCCGAUACAGAAGAAAAGGUGGAGGCCCUUCACAUAGAGCAGGCAAACACAGACUUUUUUAUUUUCUGCGAGCUGCUGAAAGAUUAUCUCGGUCUUCUAGGGGCCGUCAGGGAUGCUUUUCACGAAAGAACCAAGUUGUUUCAGCAUUGGCAGCACGCCCAACAGAUCCUGGCCAAGAGAAGGGAGAUUAAGGCCAAAUUGGAACUGGCCGGCAGAAACGAGAAAAUGGACCAGGCCAAUGCAGAUUUAGUCGAGUGGGAAUCGAAAGUCGAAAGAGGUCAAGAGAAUUUCGAUAGAAUAUCGCAAAUGAUUAAAAAAGAGAUGGAUCGAUUCGAAAAGUGCCGGAUCCAAGAAUUCAAAACCAUGUUUAUAAAGUAUUUAGAAAAUCAUAUGGAACAUCAAGCACAACUCAUUAAAUACUGGGAAACUUUUUUGCCAGAGGCCAAAGCGAUUGCCUGACUGGAGGAGAUUUGCCAAGAAUAGCAGCAUGUACAUUCCUAUUGGAGAUUUCCGGAAAUAUGAUGUUUACCCCGAAACCUAUUUCUAGCGUAUUUACCGGAAAACCCAAAUUUUUAAAACUUUUUUUUCAUUAUUAGUGUUGAAUUUUGUUUGUUGUAUAUAUUUAUCCGAUAAUAAUUGAGCAAAAAUACAGGAUGUUGUGCAAAUUUCAAUAUAAAUCAAUUUGUAUGAUAUAAAAAAAAUUUACAAUAAUUUGAAAUUUGCCCUCUUGUAAUAUGCGAAAUAUUUUUAUGUACCUACCAAAUAGGAUUUAUAUCGAUUUGUCUAAAAAAGUAAUGAUUUUAUUAACAGAAAAUUGUUCAUGCUUUCAAAAAAAUGCAAGUUAACUUAGUUUUAAAAAAAUACAACAUUAAAAAUGAUCCUAUCUGCUCUCUUUGCAGUAAAUUGAAGGUAAAUGUAUUGAUUUACAGUUCUAUUCGUACUGAUUUGUUUUAAUUUCAUAUUUUUUUAUCGGUAUUAUACGGCUUUUAAAGUCGUUUAGAAUGGGCGAUAUCUUUAGUAACUUGUAUGUACACUUAAAUGUCUUCGGCUCUUCAAAGGGCCCGUUUUUAUUUAACAUUGGGUAUUUUCUCCUAAGCUGUGUGAUUACAGAACUUCAAAGCAUAAUUGUUUUUUCAUUCUACAAGGCUUCUCUAAUGCACUGCUCGAUUAAGAACUGUCUACAAUAAUGGUGCUAGAUUCUUCUUCCUAGAGAGUCCCAUUCCGGAUGUUAUCUUUCAGAUUAGAGGUAAAAUAAUUUGUAUGUAGCUAGUAUCAUUGUUAACAGAUGUUUUGAGCUAAAGCAGUCACUUUACUAUAAAUUGUGGCUUGCAUGCUCUUUACACCAAGGGCUUUAAUUGGGGCGGAGUCAGGAAAUCUAAUGACUUAUUUUUAGCACUUCUAAAUUAAUAAAUUCACACAUUUUAUAGGCAACCAUGGUUUGCUUUGGUUACAACAAACUUGGAUGCUACAGUAUUGGAGUCGGUGCAAACAAAGGCAACCCUAGUUAUUCUUAAAGAAGAAACUGUCAGAUUUCAUUUGACACCAAUUGCGUCAAAAUUAAAACAGCUUACGAUUAAGCACAACUAAUUAUGCGUUUUGCGAAAAUUAC